AUGGAUAGAAUAAAGUCUAGUGAAGAGAUAUUCGGAGGUAGAUUAUUGCAAGAAGUGGAAGAUAGUGAGGAGAGUUUAGAAUCGUGUGUGGUGUUGAUUGAUGUUAAUGGGAGGUUUUCGCCUUCGUUUUUAAUAUUUGAGGAUCAUGAUGAGGAUGAGGAUGAGGGGAGUAAUAAUGAACAAGUGAGGAAGGAGAAAAUUUUAAAGAGAGAAGAUCUUAAACAUCUUCAUGUAUUUCGGCCUUCGGCGCAGGAUCUCGAAUGCACUUUAAGAGGGAUUGAGAAGUAUAUGUUGUAUGGAGAGCACAAUAGCUAUAGGAGGGAAUUUGGAGGGACGAUUUUAUUUGGGUUUGAUGGGAGGGAUGUGGGAGGGAAUGCGGUGAAUGUGAAGGGGAUGGGGAGGCCGGAGGUGGUAAUGGGGUGGAGGGGGUGGUUGAGGGUUGAGAGGGAGGAGGUAGGUGCAUUUGGGGCGGGUGUUAGUGCGGAGGAGAUGUUGGGAGAGAGGAGUAGGAGGGAGGAGGUUGUUAGGGCUAAGGGAUGGAGAGGGAUGGGUGAUAGGGGUGGGGAGGUGGUAUGGAGGUUAGACUAA